CACUUGUUGUCAGUUUUUUUCUCUGUUGCUACGUUUCUUUGCUAUUCAGCGCCAUGUUUAGAUAAUAUUAUUUAAUAAUAAUGAGAGCUUAAAACGUAAAUAAUUCGGUUACCUGUCUGCCUUGCAAGAUGUCUUCAAUAAGCACCUCAAGCAAGCUAAAUGUUUUGGUCAACAAGCUUCAUGAGUAUUUGGCGCAUUCCAACGUUGAAGACAGCAACGGUGCACCGACAUCUGAGCAAACCGAUGGCCAGACAAACAGGACCUGCUCUGUGGGAAGGUCAGCAGGCCAUACCCUGACAGAGGCAGGUUUGGACACGAGAGGUUCAAGGAGAAAACCUUCAGUUGUCAUGAAGCACUCCGGACUGGAUGAAUCUGGAGAGUCUAAUGCAAGUGAAGACCUGGAUUUACAUGUAAAUGCAAAUGGUCAUCUUGACGUCACCAGCUUGCCUAAAGGCACAGUGCUGGUCAGACCUGAAGCAGCUGACAAUGGCAGAGACGACUUCAGGGGUCCAGAGUUUCGCACCAGGAAACCAAACGUGCUCCGGAAAGAAUUUUCAAAGCGGCGUGGAGGACACGAACACGUGGGAAUCGUGUGCUGCACUUCAUGUGGCCGACAGGUCAACCACUUCCGCAAAGAUUCCCUUUAUCGGCACCCGGUCCUGAAAGUGCUUAUCUGCAAGGCCUGCUACAAAUAUUACUCGAGUGAUGACAUCAGCAAAGACGGAGACGGAAUGGACGAGCAGUGCAGAUGGUGCGCGGAGGGAGGGAACCUCAUCUGUUGCGACUUCUGCAGCAACGCCUUCUGCAAGAAGUGCAUCCUGCGAAACCUGGGCAGGAAGGAGCUGUCCGGCAUCCUGGAGAGCAAGUGGUACUGCUACGUGUGCAGCCCCGAGCCGCUCUUCGACCUGGUGGUGGCGUGCGACGGCGUCCUGGAGAACAUCGAGCGGCUGUGGCACCACCAGCAGCGGAGGAGGAACCGGGCGGAGCCGGGGAAGGCGGAGCUCUACCGCAUGCUGCCGCACUCCCCGCAGAACAUCCCCCUGGACAAGUGGGACCACACCGGCAUGGACGGGAACGUGGUCUUCAACUACAACACCCUGCAGGUCUCCAAGGACGUCACCAAAAAGGCCAAACACCUGGUGGACUCCACCAACGCUCUCAAUCAAACGUUCCUCAGCUUCAUCGACGGCGUGACGGCGAACAAGCGGGCGGAGAGCGUCCGGGCCCUCUAUUUGAACUCUUUCAUGGCCGUGGUCAAAGGCUUGAGGAAGUCCCUCUCGGCUCUGGAGGACAGCCUGAAGGAGGAGUUCAGUGACUUGGACCUGUCGGGGAAUUGGGAGAAAAUCCUGAACAGCGACUUCGACGCUCUUUUGACGGAGUCGGACGUGGAUCUGCAGCUCUCCGACGCCCGGAGCAUGAGCCGCCUGCAGAAGCUGGCGGGCGAGCACUUCGAAGACAACGACUCCGACUCGAAGGGCUACGCCGAGGGCAGGGGUCCGCGCAGCAGCCGCCUGCUGGGGAAGGAAGCGGACCCGGGCGCCCUGGAGGCCGGGCCGGGGGCGGGAACGGCGGGCCAGAAGCCCUCGGAGAGCCAGGUGGACAUGACCAAGAAGCUGGUGGUCAAACUCACGCCCGUCGCCAUGGAGACGGAGCCCUCGCCCGAGGACCCGAAGGCGGAGGAGGACGCCCAGAAGAAGGAGAAGAAGUCGAAGGGAAAGCAGGGAGCCAGAGAGGAGGAGCCUCAGGGGGACGGCGAGGGCGUUGCCAUGGCGCUCCUUUCGCCGGACGAGGAACAGGGAAACCGGCGCUCCCCCCGGGUUAAGACCACGCCCCUGCGGCGGCCCAGCGACGUCAUCGCCAAAACGGCGCUCUCUGCGGGGGACAGCGACAGCGACUCGGACCCCGAGGAGGAGACGCCCCGCGGCGAGGAGGCCGCCAACCCCGAGGAGCGAAGCCCCGGCGGGGCCAGGGACGACUCGGACUCAGACGAGGUCCCCGCCGCCCUGCUGGAGCGGGCCGCCCUCACCCAGAGCUCCGACGAGGAGGAAGAGGAGGAAGAGGAGGAGGAGGAGGAGGGAGGAGAGGCCUCGUCGCCCAGCAAGGUGGCCAAGAAAUGCCUCUUCUGGCUCACCAAGACCAGCCCCAUGUCCCCGGAGAAGAUGCGGAGGAAGCGCAAGAUGCUGGACCGCUCCUCCGAGUCGGAGUCCAGCGCCCGAGGAGCCGCGGCGCGGCCGGGAAGCGGGACGGAUUCCUCCAGUGACGACCAGGAGGCCAAACAGACCAUCCAGCACCUGAGCACGGUCAGGUCCAUAGCCAAGCCCCACAUGGUGAAACGAGAGGAGGAGGGAGUGGCCAGGAAGCAGAGGAGGAUGCAGGCCGGGAAGGCUAAGACGAAAUCCCCCCAGGAGGCCUCGGAGUCGUCUUCCUCGUCCAGCGAGGAUGAGGGAGACGACGAGUCCGGGAGCGACGGGAGCGAUCAGAAGAUGAAGCCAAUCACGGACAACGUGGCGUCACUGGGAGUGGCCGCUUUCCACCAAUCAUCAGGCGAUGAUGAGCAGUCUGGGCCCUCGUGGGCAGCAGAAGAAGAUGACGAUCCAGAAAAUAGAAUCGCUAAGAAAAUGCUAUUGGCCCAAAUUAAAGCCGACUACUCCUCGGCUGAUGAUAUUUCUUCGGACGAGGAAACGCAGGAGGAUGACUCCGAGUCAGAAGGUGACAAGGAGGCCGAAAAAGCCAACGGGGAUGAAGCAGCAAAUCAAAAUGGGGAGGAUCCGGCCUCGGAGUCGCCCGACAAAAAGCCCGAGGAUCCGGCGUCCAGGCACCAUCUCCUCCGCCGAAAACUCACCUUAGAGGAGGCGCCGGCCUGUGAGGGCGAGGGAGGAAAGCAGGAGGCCAAAGGGAGAGCCAAGAGGAAACGGCAGCUCUCCGAAAGCGAAGGCUCCACCAAACAGGACGACUCGGCCAUGAGUGACCAGCUCAGCCAGUCGGAGGAAGAUGAGGAACCUCAGAGCAGAUUAGAGACAAACGAAGCCAAAGAAACCUGCAGUCCUGAACUGAAGAGAGAAGACUCCUACAUCUGGUUGUCUGACUCCAGCAGUGAGAAGAGUGACCGGGAGGAGGCCGUGGGAGAGAGCAGCGAGGGCAAAGGAACCCCCAAAGGACGCAAGAAGAUCCGCAAAAUCAUCGACGACGGGAGUCUCCGCGCCGAGACGCAGGAGGCUCUCAGGGAGGAGGAGGAGAGACGCAAACGCCUGGCGGACAGGGACCAACAGAUGGAGGACAGGAGGGAGAUCAUUGUCAUAGAGGACGAGCUGUCCCAGGUCCGGUGUCCCGUCACAACCAAGCUGGUCCUGGAUCAGGACGAGGGGACCAAGGUGCCUCUUGUCCAGGUGCACAGGAACCUGGUGAAGAUACUGAAGUCUCACCAGGUGGAUGGUGUGCAGUUUAUUUGGGACAGUUGUUGUGAGUCUGUAAAGAAGGCCAACUCUUCUCCAGGAUCAGGCUGUAUUCUGGCACACUGCAUGGGCCUCGGAAAGACUCUUCAGGUGGUAGCGUUCCUGCACACGGUGCUGCUCUCACCAAACCUACACUUCAGAACGGCCCUGGUCGUGUGCCCUGUGAACACCAUCCUCAACUGGGAAAGCGAGUUCAAGAAAUGGCAAAAGGACCUGGGAAAAGACAAAGUCAAGGUUACAGAGAUGGCGACGAAAAAGGUGGCGUUCGAUCGAGUCAGAGCUCUGCAGAUUUGGCAGCGGGACGGGGGGGUGAUGAUAAUGGGCUACGAGAUGUACCGCAUCAUGUCCGAAGCCCAUAAAGGCCAGCGGGACGAGUGGAAGAAGGAGCUGAAGAGCGCCUUAGUGGACCCGGGCCCAGACUUUGUGGUUUGUGACGAGGGACACAUCCUUCGCAACGAAGCCACCAAUACCGCCAAAGCGCUGAACGCCAUCAAGACCCGGAGGAGAGUGAUGCUGACCGGCACCCCGCUUCAAAACAACCUCGUAGAGUACCACUGCAUGGUCAACUUCAUCAAGAAGAAUCUCCUGGGCUCGCUGAGGGAAUUCCGAAACCGCUUCAUCAACCCCAUCCAGAACGGCCAGUGCGCCGACUCCACCCCCAAAGACGUCAGGAUCAUGAAGAAGCGAGCGCACGUGCUCCACGAGGUGCUGGCUGGAUGUGUGCAGCGUCGGGAUUACUCCGAGCUGACCCAGUUUCUGCCCCCAAAACACGAGUACGUGCUGGCCGUGAGGGUCUCCCCCCUCCAGUGCAAGCUGUACCGCUACUACCUCGACCACGUCACAGGUGAGGGCUCCCUGCUCAACAAACCAAAGCAGAGGGCCGGAGCAAACCUGUUCAAGGACUUCCAGGUCCUGGGUCAGAUCUGGACUCACCCGUGGUGCCUUCAUCUCAGCCACCUCAGAAAAGUCAACAAGAAACGUCCGGAGAAGAAGGGCCGAGCAGCCAAAUGGAGAAACGUGGAAACCAUCGUGGCUGACACCGGACAGAAAGCGAAGGAAGGAAACGAAGCGAACGGCAGCACAAACAACGCGGUGGAUACGGUUGCCCUCGGAGACGGUACAGAGGCGGGGGCUUCCGCCACAGGCCCGAGGCCUCCCAACCCGGACGAGCUCUGGUACAAGAAUCUGCUCUCUGGGAGUGACAUCACCAUCAUGGAGCAUUCUGGGAAGAUGGUGCUGCUGUUCGAGAUCCUCCGGAUGGCGGAGGACCACGGGGACAAAGUGCUCGUGUUCAGUCAGUCCCUGAUCUCAUUGAACCUCAUCGAAAAGUUCCUGGAGGCCGCUCACAAAGGCAGAGCCGGUCUGUCGCUCAAAGCGGGCAGCUGGAUCAAAAACGUAGACUACUAUCGUCUGGACGGCUCCACCAAUGCUAUGAUAAGGAAGAAAUGGGCGGAGAAGUUCAACAACACCGCCAACGGCCGUGGCCGGUUGUUCCUCAUCUCCACCAAAGCGGGAUCCCUCGGCAUCAACCUGGUGGCUGCUAACCGGGUCAUCAUCUUUGACGCGUCGUGGAACCCGUCCUACGACAUUCAGAGCAUUUACAGAGUCUACCGCUUCGGACAGCUCAAGCAGGUGUUCGUGUACCGCUUUUUGGCUCAGGGCACCAUGGAAGAGAAGAUCUAUGACCGGCAGGUGACCAAGCAGUCGCUGUCGUACCGGGUUGUGGACCAACAGCAGGUCGAGAGGCACUUCACUCUGAUCGAGCUGACCGAGCUCUACGCCUUCGAGCCGGACCUGCUGGACGACCCCAACUCCAAGAAGAGCAAGAGGUGCCCCCCUCUGUUACCAAAGGACAGCAUCUUGGCGUGCCUGCUGGAGACCUGUAAGGACCACAUCGUGUCCUACCAUGAGCACGAGUCCCUGCUGGACCACAAGGAGGAGGAGGAGCUCAGCGAGGCCGAGCGCAAAGCCGCCUGGGCCGAGUACGAGGCCGAGUCCAACACCACCACUGCCCCGGGCAGCACCAGCCAGGACGAGUUGAAUCAAAAAACCAACGAGCAGCUAUUGGAACUGCUGAACAAAAGCAGAACCAACGUAUCGGUGGCCUUCCUCACCCUGCAGAAGAUGAAGCUGAACCCCAUCGAAGAGUACAAGUUACGACUGCGGCAGCAGUACCCCCUCCUGGCCGAGGCAGACGUCCAGGCCAAAGCUGAGAUCUGGAAGGAGUACGACGAUAAGCGGAAGCAAAUCACGCAAACCUUUUACCGGGACGCGCUCCACCAGCAGCGAUCCCUCACGUUCAGAAUCCAGGGGAUCCUGAACAGCCGCAGAAAGCAGGAGAUGCACACGGCCGCCGCCGCCAAGCCUCCCGAACAGACGGCGUGAGGUUUACCGCGACCUCGUCUCUCCAAAUCUGAACUUCUGAGAAGGAAAAUGGCUCCUGGCGUCUCAUGUGUCCACAGCAGCUUGUCGUCGUCGUC